AUGGGUGUGUUAUCUAAUUUCAAACGGGUGCUACAGUGGGCAACGUUUACGCGCCGCUGGCUCCUUUACGACGCGCGAUGGAAGAACCCAUUCCAGUCCGCCGAGAUGAUCUCCGACGUGUUGCAGGGCAAACACAAGCCGAUAUUUUCUCCCACAUGCCACUGCGGGGACCACGUUGUGGUGACGAACUGCAGCGAAAUCGCCAUGCCUUGGUACGAGUGGAAGUACCGCAUGUAUUUCCACGACACACGGUUUCCAGGCGGGCGCUCCUGGACACCGGCAUGGCAUGUGCAGGACAAGGACGCGACAAAGGUUCUUUGGAAGGCUGUGUACAGGGCACUGCCAGGCGACCUGAACAGGCGAACCCGAAUGGCCAGGUUGCACCUGUUCCCAGACGACAAGGUGCCUCGCGAAAUUAUAGACAACAUCUCGGGUCAACUGAGGCAGCUCCGGCGUGCACCUAAGAAGCUCAUGGAGUACUCGGAAGAGGAGCAAGCGAAGUUCCCAAAAGUAUUUGAGUUCCCAGAUGACUACAUUAUUCAGUAGCCUAGCCGUCGUAACUGUUCGCGCAUCGCUGUAACGGAACUGUUGUGCAAAUUAAAUUGUUCAUCUCGAGCACAA